AUGGCUGCCCCCACCCUCUUCACCUCUCGCCUCCUCCUUCUCAUGGUCACCGUCGCCUUCGCGCUCCCCGGCGCCGGCGCCGCCCAGCUAGAUCCGCAGCAGCUGCUGGCACUCCGUGCCCUGGGCCUGGCCGCGCACCGCGCGGGCGACCCCUGCAACGACGACGCGGCGGGCGCCCCCGUGGCCGCGUCCUGCGACUCCGGGAAGCCGUUCCGUCGCGUGACAUCCCUAACGCUCACCAACUGCUCCGACACCACUUCCGUCUCCCCCGCGGCGCUGGACGCGCUCGCGCCGUCCCUCCGCGCGCUGGCCUUCACGGACUGCCCGGCAGUCCCGCCGCGCCUCCUCCCGCCAGAGCAGCUCGCUGCGGGGCUCCUGGCCUUCUCCUGCAAGUCCUCGCUCGCCCGCCUCCCCCUCGUCUGGCUCUCCCGCCUCGCCAGCCUCACGGAGCUCGCAAUCACCGACACGCCGCUCGCCACGGGCUCCUCGACGUCCGAGCUCGCGGUGCUCAUCUCCCACAUGAGCAACCUCACCACUCUCACCCUCUCCCACGCCAACAUCUCCGGCGCCCUCCCGCACCACUGGCACUGCGCCAACCUCGCGCGCCUCGACCUCUCGGGAAACCGCUUCACGGGAGCCAUCCCGGACGCCGUCACCCUCCUCGGCGGCAUCACCAGCCUCAACCUCAGCUCCAACGCGCUCAACGGCUCCAUCCCGGCCCGCAUCGGCGACCUCAUCUCGCUCGCGGCCCUCGACCUCUCCAACAACUCGCUCUCCGGCGGCAUCCCGGACACGCUCUCCACGCUCCCCGAGCUCCAGGUGCUCAACCUGGGAUCCAACCGGCUCAACGGGAGCAUACCGCGGUUCUUGUCCGGGAUGAAGGGGCUGAAGGAGAUUAAUCUGGAGGGCAACAACUUGGACGGCGUGGUGCCGUUCGGGGCCGGGUUCUUGGCGAAGCUCAGGGUGUUCAGGGCCGCCGGGAACAGCAAGCUGUGCUACAACACGUCGGUGCUCACGGCUGCGGUUGCUGUCGGGGUGGCGCCCUGUGAUAAGUACGGGUUCCCCGUCACGCCGCCUCCGGCCACGGCGCAGUCGGAGAAGAGCACGGACUACGAUGACGGCGGCGGCGAAUCGGACGGCAACGGCGAAGAUUCUCGUGGCGGGCCCAGCGCCGCGGUUCUCGGGCUGGCCAUUGGGCUGUCCUGUUUGGCGUUUGCCGUCAUCUUGGUCGUCUGCCUCUGCAAGGUGUGCAGAUGA